AUGCAUGGUCGGUCCUGCACAUACCUCCCAAAGUCUGUGGACCGGAAAUCCCAAAAGAGGGCCGUGAGGGAUGUGGCUAUGGAAGGAAGGCGUGUUUCAACUCGUUCUCUGAACCAACAGUCAAGCGGAGGGCCAGAGGAGAAGCAAACGAUCCAAAUCAAUCAAGUUGGUCACCUCAAAACAUCAGAUGACGUUCGACUACGGUACUUUUCGAGCUCAUCAUGGGUGGCCGGGUUUGAGGAGUCAAAUGUCUCUCCCUGUGAUUGUAAUGACGCUCUUUCGCCCGCUCUGAACGGGAAAGAGAUUUCGCCCGGGACAUCACCUCGGACAUCGAAUGACUUCAUCUAUCUUGCUGAGGUUGAUCAGCUCAUUUCAUGGUAUGCUGAACAUUGUCACUUCUGGUUUCCACUUGUAGAUUGGAACGAGGUUAUAGCGGCAGUGCAUGAGCAGCGGAACCAUGGAAGCUCGAAGCCUGGUGCGCUCGCAUUAAUUGCAGCCAUAUGCUAUACUGCUACACGAUCCAUCAAGGCAUCAGGGAGCAACAGUUCAUGGUGCUUAUUUCCUUCCUCGUUCUGGGAAGAAGUUACAGUUCAACUCCUGGCUGAAUCUGGUUACCCGAGACGACCUAAUUUAAAUACGGUCCGAGUAGCUUUCUUUCUCGCUAUACCCAGCAUGGCAGAAGGACAUUCUCACCCAAAUCCCAGUUCUGUCUCUAUCCUCGUAAGGGCUGCUCAGUUCCUCGGCCUUCACCGGGAGCCGCUGUCCUUUCAGCUAUCUGCUCAUGAUGCUGAGGUCAGUCGUGUUAUAUGGUGGUCGGUUCGCGGUUUGGAUGUCACGUAUGCUAUAUCGCAUGGCCUCCCACCACUGAUCCAUCCUACCACGACAGAUGUUCGAUCUGUUGACUGUGAGUAUGAUUCGGAGCGCAAGCUUCUUAGUGCUGUAGCACAGACGAGCGCAUUAAUCUCAAAGAUUUUGCACCGUAUCUACAGCGUGAGCCAACCAACUCUUCACCAUAUUAAGCAGUUGGAUGAUGAGGCUGAAAGGAUUUAUGCCGAAGAAGUCUCUGAUGAUUACAAUCUUCAGAAGAACGCCAUGGAAAGAUUCGUUGCUAUGGGUCGAUUGAUGUGCUGCUGCAAGAUGAUGAUUAUUUUGCAUCAACCUUAUCUGCGAACAUCACAGUGGCCCCAAGGCUCCAGAUUAAAGGCUUUAAAGUCUUGUCAGGACUAUAUUCGUGGAUUUGUAACUGGAGCCACAGACGAAGCACUGGCACCUUACAGGUGGGUGUUGAGCCAUUUUGACGUGAUUCACGCCUGCGCUAUUAUACUUCAGGACCUGAUCCAAAAUUGUCGCUCUCCAGAAUCAAGCAGCCUUCGUGAUGUGGUUGAUAUUUGCUUUUCUACCUUUUCAAAAGGGCGUCAUCCUGCUUGGACAAAGCUUGAGUUGCUCCGAUCAAAGGCUUGGGCAGCAAAUGGGUGGCCAGUGAAUAGUCAGGCCCGUGAGAUGAUGGAAUCAGAUGCUAGUCUGGCAGAUUACGACCCACUCUUUGCGUCUUUCCUCUGGGAGGAGUUGUUAGUAUGA